AUGUCGGGUUCUGCGUCGGACACUGUUACGAGUUCUUUCGACAUUCCUCUCUGGGAAGACAAGGGGUUGUAUGACAUCGAUCUCGUCAAGAGGCCUGAAGCGCAGUCCCGGGACACCCUCUCCGAUGAUGACGAGGGGACCGAAUAUCCAACUGGACUUAAGCUGUAUCUCGUUAUCCUGUCUCUGUGUCUGGCUGUCUUCCUAGUUGCACUCGACCAGACUAUCAUUGCUCCGGCUUUAGGCGCGAUUACCGGCGAGUAUCAGAGUGUCGAGGAUAUCGGCUGGUAUGGCAGCUCAUACCUCUUGACCUCUACCGCGCUUCAGCCGUUAUACGGCAAAGUGUACCGCUCCUUCGACAUCAAGUGCUCGUUCGUGGGAGCCGUAGCGCUCUUCGAGCUCGGCAGCUUGGUCUCGGCCAUAGCACCAUCUUCCACCGUGUUUAUCAUCGGGCGAGCCGUAGCUGGGAUGGGCAGCGCUGGCCUGUUUUCCGGCUCCAUCAUCAUCCUGUCGUAUACCCUGCCGCUUCGAAGGCGGCCUCUCAUGUUCGGUAUGUUCGGAUGCAUGUGGGGUAUCGCGUCCGUCGCCGGACCCUUGCUCGGGGGCGCGUUCACGGACCAUCUCACCUGGAGAUGGUGUUUCUACAUCAACCUUCCCAUCGGAGGACUCGCGAUGGUGGUGAUAUUUUUCUGCCUCGAAAUCGUCCGCGUCAAUAACCCCGAGGGGCUGUCUUUCUUCGCCAGGGUCCUGGAACUCGAUCUUUUAGGCGCCGCGAUCUUGAUCCCGGCUAUCGUUAUGUUACUCCUUGCGCUCCAGUGGGGAGGCGCCCAGUUUCCGUGGAGCGACCGACGUAUCAUCGGCUUGUUCGCCGGUGCUGGUGUCAUGACCAUAUUGUUCAUUGCCAUUGAGCACCAUCAACAGGACAAGGGCUUACUGCCUCCGAGAUUCUUCAAGGAUAGGGACUUGCUGUGUGCGAUGCUGUUUGCCACCUUCUUCGGGGCUUCAUUCUUCCCCCUGAUCUAUUACCUGUCUCUCUACUUCCAAGCCAUCCAGGGGGACAACGCCGUCAAGGCAGGCAUUAAGCUCCUACCCCUGCUUAUCUCCGUGGUCACCAGCUCCAUCAUCUCGGGCGCCCUCAUCACCGCUACCGGGUACUACAACCCCUUCAUCCUAGUCGAAAUCGCCAUGGUCGCCGUCGGCGCGGGACUGAUCACGACGCUGGACGUCCACACACCUUUCGCUCGCUGGUUCGGAUACCAGGUCCUCGACGGGCUGGGCGUCGGCGUCGGGUUCCAAGCCGGCGUCAUCGUGGUGCAGAACGUGGUCUCGAAAGAACUCGUUCCGCAGGUGACUUCGUGCGUGCAAUUCUUCCAGUCCCUCGGCGGCGCCCUCUUCAUCGCCGUCGCGCAAACCGUCUUCCAAAACGGGCUCAUCAAGGGCCUAGCCCGAGACGCGCCGCACAUCGACCCGUCGCUCCUCACGCACAGCGGGGCCUCCGAGGUCCGGCGCGUGCUGGCGUCGAUCGGCCAGCAGCGGAUGCUGGGCGCCGUGCUGGGCGCGUACAUGCGCGGCCUGCGGCACACGUACUACAUCUCGGCCGCCGCCGCGAGCGUCGCCUUCCUCGCCGCCCUCGGCCUCCGCUGGAAGAGGAUCGACAAGAAGCAGGGGGGCUCCAACGCCACCGCCGCCGGGGAGCUCUGGAGGGCCUGCACCCCGGCCGCCGAGUUCGAUACGUUCUACGAGGGCGCCGGCGAGCUCGGCGCCGCGUCGUCCAAGUUGCAGAAGCGGCGGCGGGGGCACGUGCAUCUGAAUGCCCACCUAGGUACCUAAGGGGUAUGGAUAUGAGCUCUAAGUGAGAAUUUGAAAUAGUUGGACUAGGUGCUUACCUUAGGUUAUGAGGUACCUAACGUAUUC